AUUUGAGUCUGGACCAAUCCUGUGGGCUCAGGGGCGGGACUUCGAGCGCCUCUCCUCUCAGGCUAUAAAUACCACCUCCUGCCGCCCACGGUGAAUAUAACGUUAGUCAACUGAAACCUAAGAAGGUACUGUCUUCCAGGAAAAUAAACACAAAAGGUGAAGUAUGGCUCGUACCAAGCAGACCGCUCGUAAAUCCACCGGAGGAAAGGCGCCUAGGAAGCAGCUGGCCACGAAAGCUGCAAGGAAAAGCGCGCCAUCCACCGGCGGAGUGAAGAAGCCCCACAGAUACAGGCCUGGUACUGUUGCUCUGCGUGAGAUCCGUCGGUACCAGAAGUCCACUGAGCUGCUCAUCAGGAAGCUUCCUUUCCAACGCCUUGUCAGGGAAAUCGCUCAGGAUUUCAAGACAGAUCUGCGUUUCCAGAGUGCAGCUAUUGGUGCCCUGCAGGAAGCCAGUGAGGCAUACUUGGUUGGACUGUUUGAGGACACCAACCUGUGCGCUAUUCACGCAAAGAGGGUUACAAUCAUGCCCAAGGACAUUCAGCUGGCCAGGCGAAUUAGAGGAGAGCGUGCAUAAAUGAUCUUGGAUUUUAUCUUUUUAGGGGGGGGCUGACUGGGGUUUUUGUAAAUCUUGGAAAUAUUACCAGCAUGUGUACCACCGAACUUGUCAUUUAUAGUUUCAGGCAUUUCUUUUUGUACUUUCAUUUCACUCUUGACUUUCUCCAACUGUCCUAUUCGUGGUAGAAUAGAGCUAUAUAUAUCUGUAAAUGCUGGAAAACAAAUAUUCCACUGCCUUUCUCAGGUUUGCAAAUCUAUUUUAGGAUCCGUACCUUUUUUAAUCCUGUGUGUGCAUGUCAUAGGAUUUCUUGUUGUGCUGUAAAUAAACUUUCCGCUACCUCAAA